UCCCGAAGCCGGGUCAGUGCUCGCGAUCUCUCGAAACGCGCGCGAGUUCCCUCUAACAGGUCGCUAGUCACCGCGUAGAUUGCUAGUGACCGUGCAGAUUUCUAGUGACAGUGUAGAUUACUAGUGACAGUGCAGGUAACUAGUGACAGUGAUAGAUUGUUAGUGGCGGUAGUGUAGAUUGCCAGUGACAGAAAGACGUCCUCGCUGACUGCAGAUGGGAUAAAGUAUAAAACCGAAGGAAGCAAACAUUGUUCGGUCGGAUGAAGCCGUCGAAAUCCUCGAUUCGACGCUCUUUAAACACGGCCGGCCGAUAAAACGGACACCCGUGUGCAAACAAUGAUCAUAAAAGGCAUCCUUAAGCCGCCGAAAGAAGCAAGUCCAGCAGAUCUGACGAACGGUCCGCAAUCAGGAUGGUGAUCGCGAGCGGAUCCCCCGGCGAGGCCAUGUCCAACACGACCGGCAAGCUGAGAAGAUCUCGACGAUUGUCGUCGACCAGGGGUUUGAAGGCGCGGCCUUCGGCAAACACGGCUGGGCAAGCGAUUCCCCGGCAAGAUCUCAAUCAGAAGCUCGGCCUGUGUCCCAUAGUGAGCAGGAACGUGGCCGAUACAAAGGGUCGGCCUGCGAUCAAUUGGGAAUUGAACGAAAGAAUCAGCCUGAGCAGCGGCUCGAGCCCGGGGCUGGCGGUGCGUCCGGACGCGAGGAAGGGUAUCGAGUUCAGCGAGAAUCGCAAGAAGCUCGAGAUCGAUGCGAAACAGCCGAUCGAGGACACCGCGAGCGAUCGUCGCGAGACGAGAAAUGUCCGCGACAGUCUCGAGCUGAUGAACGUGUCGGGUUUCCAUCAGGACUGCGACAAGAAGCGUCGCGGCUCUUGGUCGAUCGACGUGGACGUGGUCGCCAAAGCUGACGAGGGUAACGUGAUUAAAAGCGACUCAAAGUACGAGAUCGGAGUACCCAGCGAGGGUUCGUCGGCGUCGAGGAAGUCGAAGCAGCGGCGAUCCUCGGGAUCAACGAAAACACCGAAGUCGACGAAGAACGAGGACGACGACCACACGGUGAAUGGCAAAUGGGGCAGGAAGAAGAUGGACAAGACGAACGACUCGAUCUCGAAGAGGCUGGAGCUGAUCCACGAAUUGAAUCAGAAGAUCCUAGCGAACUACGAGAGGUUCCAGCAGAAGUCGAAGCGGACUCACUCGAAGGAGACCUCGGAGGCGAAAGAGAGGAAGGAGGACCGUCUCUACGCGGAGGUGAAGCGCAAGAACCGGCCUAGGACAGAGUGCGUAGACGUCGGCCAGGAGACCCUCAUGCAGAGGAGAUUAGAUAUCAAUAAGUUCACGUUCUCCAAGGAUCACUGCGAGAAGCUGUCCGGCAAAGAUCGACCGGACUCGGCGGACAAGAAGCGAUCGAAGACGCUGUCGAGGUCCAGAGUCCCUAGCGAUAAUGAGAACUUCAUCAUGACGGCGAAGCCCGGCUUCCACGGCCCCGAGGACGAUAAAGCUCGACGACCGGCUACGAGGGCUGAAUACAGCACGCGAUCGAAGGACGAGAGCAAAGGAUCGAAGCAGACCGGGUCCGUUUUUUACGCGCACGAUUUCUCGGCCGGGCACGUAGACCGGCCGAUCAACGACGACGCCGAUUGUCUGGGGAGCUCGAGAUUGUACCCGGAGAGUUACACCGAACGCCCUAACGAAGUGAAAAUCGAUGACGCGAACGAGCACGAUCGCGGAACGAUUCUAAAGGAUUAUCCUUUCGAAAGAGAAACACAAGAUGGUAUCGAUCAGCCCCAGGACAUUGUCGGUGGAUCGGUGGUGGAGGCGAUCGAUCAAGAAGCGUUGCAGCACGAGAUUCUGGAGAAUCUGGACGAGACCAUUGGCAGAUUCGAUAACGAAAAACCGGACGCGAAAGGGGUUAGAACCGAAGAGCUGCCCGACGACAAGAAGAUCGACAGUUUCAGCAGCGAUUCCAUCGAAAUCGAUAGCCCUUUGUCGAAUUCGGGAUGUUCGAAGGUAGCCAGGAUCCAGGAGACCUUUAAUUCCUCGUGGGAUUCAGGUGUCGGUGUGGAUGUCGGCACCGGGAGCGGCUGGGUCAGAAUCCACACGGGAAUUGAAAGCAGCCUCGUCUAUCUUACUCUGGAUACCACCGCCAAAGACGUCUGCAGGGACAUGCUGUUAGGCGACGACUUGUCUCUGUUUAUUCAGUAUGGCGGCGAGGCCGGGAGGAGAUUGGCUUCGCACGAGAAACCGCUCGAGAUACAGGACCAAUUUCUCCAAAAGCUCGGAUACCAGGACGUAUCAAGACGGUCUCGACUGGGAGUCGAUCCUGAAUUACGACACCUCGUUGCUUUCCACGUGGGGCCCGCAUCACCGUUGCCAGAUCUGGCAGGAUACAGUCGUUGCGGGUACGCGCUCGUCUUGAAGGGGUUGGUUUUUCCUCAGUGGAAGAGGCGACCCUUGGCUGUCAUCGGAUCCAGGCUCUUCCUUUAUCCGGCCUGUCCAGACUCUAGACCUGAGUGGAUGGAACUCGGCGGUGGCGGGGGUGCGGUCUGUUAUGCGCCCUCGCGGCUAGGUAAACUUGUGCUGCGUAUCACUGGAUUUCCAAGGGUCACUCGGCAAUGUCAUCAAACUCAGCAACAAGAGGACAGUCAGCAUCGUGAAACCAGACACUUAUACCUUGGCUUUCACCACCCAUGGGACCGAGAUCUGUGGAAAAGUUGGAUUAAACAGGCUAUACAAUUGUCAGCGUACCCAAAGAAACUAGAUCUUAGCAGUGGGGGUCUAUCAAGAAUUCCUGAGAGUGCUAUAGCAUUUCCAGCUAUAGAAGAGUUGGUAUUAAGCCAAAAUCAACUCACAAACGCCAACAACAACCUCGAGCUUCUUCACAGAUUUCCCAAACUUCAUGUACUUCAUCUGGAGAGCAACGAACUGAAGAAAAUUCCGCGGGAAUUACUGGAGCUCAGGCGGCUGACUUACCUCAAUGUCUCCGACAACAAAAUCGAGAAGAUUCCGUCUGACAUAAGCCAGCUUAUCAAUCUGAAGGAGUUGAUCUUAGAUCGUAAUGGGAUCAAAUACCUGCCGCAAGAACUCGGUGAGCUGAAAAACUUGAGAAAUAUUUCCUUAGCUGGAAAUUGCCUCAGCAGUCUGCCAUCUUUUUUCAACAUGCGAGCCCUCACGCUAACGGAUGUCUUACCAAAAACCGAUCAUAACAAAGGCUACAAAGAUGAAAGGAGCACUCAGAAUAACUUGUACAAGGUCAACCUACGAAAUAAUCAAUUAAAAGGGAACAUUAUUUUAGGAAAUUACGGAAAUUUAACGCAUCUAGACGUCAGUGAAAAUAGCAUUGAGAAAUUGGACAUCAGUGCUCUCCAAGAAUUGAGAAGCAUUCGUUGCGCAAGAAAUAUUUUAACAGAACUAACAGUCUGCGGGAGAAAUCUUGUUUCACUUAUUGCCGGAAAUAACAAAUUAAAAAAGUUGACUAUAGAACCUAUGCCGGUGAACCUCGAGCAUCUAGAUGUUUCUUACAACAACUUAGACGCCCUUCCAGAAUGGACACCGGAUUUACCGGUAUUGCGUGCCCUUUUCGCCUCUCACAACGCUUUGACAGCCCUACCGGACAGACUGCUAACUCAACCAUCCCGACUGGAGGUUCUUCACCUGCCCCACAAUAGGUUGCAAGCUCUACCACCACCUAGGAAACCCUUAAACAUCGUUCACUUGACUCUGCAAGAUAACGCAUUGACGGUUCUGCCAACCAGUUUCUUCACCAAUACAGAAAAAAUGAAGGUUUUGAAUCUCUCCAAUAAUCGAUUAUCGGAGCUUCCUUCGAUGGGGGAUGGAAAUAAGAACCGACAGGGCAACCAUAGCUUAGAAAAAUUAUAUCUCACCGCGAAUUGUUUAACGGACACCGCAUUGGACACUCUCGCCAAGCUAACGUCCUUGCGUGCUCUGCAUAUAGCGUAUAACACUUUGGAUACGCUCCCUGAAAGUUGCACAGCUUCGUGGAAGGACUUGGAAGAAUUAGUGCUCUCUGGAAACCGACUUCAGUACCUGCCGGACAACGUCGGCAAUUUACGCCAUUUGCGCGUGUUAAGGGUUCACUCUAAUAGGCUUCUAACGUGCCCAACGUUUAAUAAAACAACUUCGCUAAAGGUAUUGGAUUUAGCCCAUAAUCAAUUGGACAGAGUAAAUCUGGCGACUUUAGUUCCUCCCCAACUACAGUUUCUGGAUAUAUCCUGCAAUUCGAGGCUCCACGUGGACCCUAGACAAUUUCAAGUGUACAGAUCCCAGCGACCGAUAUCGUUAGUCGAUGUAUCGGGACAGAAUAGACCGAGUCUACCUUCUCACCCUCAUCAGCAGGAGAUUGUAUCCUCGGGGAAGAGCGCAGAACAGCCGUGGAGGCUAGGAUUUUCGGAAACGGCUGGGUCCAGGGAAAGAUUGUACGUUUCGCAAGUCAGGAUGCCUUCGUUCUGCAACGUGGAAGGCCUGUUCGGUAUAUUCGAUGGCGGGUCGAACCAAGAAGCGCCUAGUGCUCUCCAGGAAAUGAUUCCCCGGCUGUUGUUAGAGGAGAGAACCGUUCGGGAGACGUCGAAGGAAUACUUAAAAUACACGUUGCUCUCAGCUCACAGGGAGCUGAAGGAGAAGGGCCAGAAAUACGGCAUCGACGCAACUCUGGUACACAUUGUCAGACUCCAACCGCAACAAGGAUAUCCAAAAGGGGCCACGAAAUACUCUUUGAAGGUGUCCUCUUCCGGGGAUGCGAAGGCUGUGCUCUGUAGAGCAGCUGGACCAUUGAACCUGGCUCCGCCCAGGAAGGUCUCCGUAAAAAAUCAGCUGGGAAACGCGGCCAUGUUUCCUUUGGUGGUUCCCGACCCUACGUUCGAGGAAGUUGAUUUAGAGGAUGACGAUGAAUUUGUGAUAAUCGCGAACCGAAGAUUGUGGGAGGUGUUAAGCAUCCAAGAGGCUGUUCGAGAGGCUCGAGCGGAAGCUAGCCCGGUUCUAGCCGCCAAAAGGUUGCAAGACUUGGCGCAGGCUUACGGCGCGGAGGAUAAUCUAAGUAUUAUGGUUGUUCGAUUAACUGGACCUAAUCAGGGCGACUUGGACCAGGUUAUGAGGGAGCUAAGGCACGCGGUCGGGAAGAAUAGAACGCAGACGGAAGGGGGUUGUCCUUGCCCUUGUUGCGUGCCGCCGGCAGCGCAUAAGCCACCGGGACCUUGCUGUUGUCACGCAAAUGAGGGAUAUUACCUGAAUGGCGUGUUGAAAAGUAUAGUGAAUAGGUCCAACAAAGCUCAUAACGGAUCCGGCAGGUACUUCAAAAACCGCCGACCUGCACAAGAGAACGAAAGUCCGCCGUACAAGGACGACAGGAGCUCGCCAAGUGGCCAAUCCGACCAGGCUAGCGACAGUACUUUUAAAUCAAGACAUCCUUCCGGUAGGGUCUGGCCAGGAAGUGCGGCAUCCAGAGCCACAAAUAAGGCCCGGCAAACUGUUUUUGUGCAUGAGAAUGGGGGACGGAAGGUCUCGACUUGCCACGGAACGCAAGAGGACACCGUCUCCGAGAGGUCUGGGGCAUUAAGCGAGGAGCAGUUCCGUUGUUGGGAAUAUAUGCUCGAGCAGAAUACCCAGCUCUUAUUCGACAAGGAAUUGGACACUCUAUCGAGAACUCCAUUGCGACGAGGUCAAUCGAGAUCCACUCCUCAAUUAGGAGGCAAUUUGCCUUUUCUAUCGAAGAGAUUCGGGAGCGCUAGAUCCUUUAAUCCUUCCCUUCCGCGGCCACCUAUCGUACGAUUUGGUAGCGGCAGGAGAUUACUGAACGGAGGUCCGAAUGCGGCUUACUUCGGCAGCCUGCAAAGGCUGAUGCCGUAUAAUCUCGAAUACGAUUUCGCCGUUAUUCAAGAAAGAAACGGAUUGGACUCCCUCGAACAGGACACCACGCGGAUGCAACAAUAUUGGGGAGUGGCCACCACUGAGCUGUGAUACAGUACGAUACGCAUUCGCUUUUGAAAUUGUGAUACUAUGUUGAAAAGCGUAUUACAUGACGCUGAUACGACACCAGUAUCAAAUGGUUGCAUCCAUUUUGGUGAAAAAAGGUCACUUAGAAUGUUAAAAAUACGUGAAACUGUUGGGUCCCAAAUAAAACCACAGAACCUUGCUGCGCACAAAUUAUGCAGCUAUAGCAUUAUCAAUAGGCUGCGGAUCUUUAUGCAAAAUAGAAAUUAUCUUUAUUAAUGUCUAGAACCAGGAGUUGGAUAACAAUGUAUUUUUCCUAUCAGGAAUUUUAAUUGCUUAGAAAUAAUAUGUCUUUGUUCUUAUGCAUUUAUGCGUUUUUAUCAUGAAUGCAAAAGAUUCGCAGUGUGAUUAUCAAUUUCUGGAAAAUCUUGAAAUGAAGUUUUUUGAAAUAACCUUUAAAACGGUCAUUAUUUUGCAGAAACAAUAAAUUAUUGGCAUUUACAAGGAAAUAUGGACAAAAGUAUAGGUUAUAUUUUAUUUACAAUGAAAAUUGUUUUUAAAUUCUCGUCACCAUCGUUGUUUGAAUUAUGUUAUAGUUCAUCCAAUGAAAAUAUACAUACGCCACAAAAAAUGAAUUUAAGACUAUUGUCAGCCUAAAUCGGCAUAGAUCCGGAAUCAUAAAUUAUUACGUUUAUGACGCGUUUCAGUCAUUUGCGUCACAGAACAUUAUUACUUCAUCGUAAGUGAACGAGUCAUCAAUGGUAACAAGCACAAUAAUUUAUAUUUUUACGAUAUAAAUAGCACAGCGAUUUCUACAGGCGCUUAAGCAGAAAACAGAUCUUUUGUACUGACUAAACUGUUGAAUACAAACAUAGAAUGUAAGUGUAAAUACAAAUAGCUUUAAAAACAUAGAAAUGCAAAGAAGUAUAUAUAAGAAAAUUAAAAAAAAAAUAUUUAGAAAUUAUUGCAUAUGUGAAUAUAGAUACCUUAAAUGUAAAUAUAUGUAUAUUAGAUAAUUGACGAAUAUGCAUUAUCGCAUAGCGGUUUUGGCAAAGCCAAACUAUGAGCUACACAUUUUUAUAAUGUGUAACAUUAUUCAAGUGGCAAAUGGAACGAUCUCACAUUAUUUUUAUGGAAAUUGUGAUUAGUAAUUUCGAAAUAGUGAUUUAAAAUAAUUCUAAAAUAAAUAUUUCGACGAUUGAAGUUCGUCUAUAUUAAUACGUAUUUAACUACAUAUAAACAUUAAUGUAUAUUAAAAAGCAGAUGAAAAUGCAUAAUAGGGGUAGGGAUUCGAUUUAUCGCGUAAUUAAUGUUUAAUAAUUAAUAUAUAUUUUUUUACCGGAACAAACUGGCGACUUUUGUACCUGAAAUUACGACAUAAGUGAUCAACGGGAAGUAUUUUAAUAAUUUGCGAUAAAAUAUAACUGCAGAUUUUGAAUUCACGUCCUAAUUCAUUAACCCGGAACAGUACAUAGGCUCGUUCGCGUAUUUAUCGAACUUUGAUAAUGCAAUAAACACGUGUGUUUUCAUAUACCAUUUAUUAUCUCUGUCUGACCUUGAUAAGCAUUAUCUUAUUUGUUGGACACCAGCAAACUAUCUAUUUCUCUACCGCAAUGAGUUCAUCUUCCCGGCUUAUUCAAAUAGAUUAAAAGAGAUAUACAUACAUACAAGAAAAAGCACUUUCUUUUGAUCCGUAUUAUAAAUAUUAAUCGAUUUCCGUACACAUCACGGUAAUCUUGUUCUUCUUUCAACAUACAGACCGGAGCAAUGCAAUUUUGCUCAUUAAGAUAACGACUAGACAAUCGAGAAUGAAGUCCGACACAAAAAGUUCACCGAAUCUUUAUUUGAUAGAUUAAUUCUUUUUGAUGAUCUCAAUAAACGCGUGACUCUUAAUCAUGAACUAAUACGUUCCAGUCUGCAGAUACAUACCAUUUGUGUAUAUGUAUAUUCCAAUUUGCUAGACUGUACAAUAAUUUUUUAAAUUAAUAAAUUUAUUUAGACUUAUUUGUUUGUAAUAUGUACCUUUCCUGAAAUUGUACGGUGUAACGAGUGUCAAUAUAUUGUAGGUAUAACUACGAUUUUAUUGAUAUAGAUAGUAAACAAAGGAAAAAUUAUUGAAUCAAAUAUGUUAUGCAAUGAAGAAUUAUAGUGACGUUUGCAAUGCAUACAUUCUAAUUUUAUUAUCAUUAAUCAUAAGCAGAUGAAAAAUUGUUUAAUCAAAUGUGUUAUGCAACGAAAAAUUGGAGCUUGCAUUACACUUGUUACGUAAAAUAUGCUUGGAAGAUAAUUAAAUCGAUUUAAUGAUUUUA